AUGGUACCUGUCUAUGGGGGUGGCAGGGGAGAGGGAAAGGCGGUCCAGUGGUCGGCGUGGCUGUCGAGGACGGGGCUGGACCCGGCGGCGGCGCACCAGUACGCCGUGCUGUUCGCUGAGAACGAGCUGGAGGAAGAGGACAUCGCCCACUUCGACCACGAGUUCCUGCUCAGCAUGGGCAUCUCCAUCGCCAAGCACCGCCUGGAGAUCCUCAAGCUCGCCCACCGGGAGCUGCGGCGCCGCCACCCGCCGCCGUCCCGCCCGGUGGCCAGGCUCCUCGCCGCCGCCGGCAGCGCAAGGCGGCGCCUCGUCCGCUGCCUCCGCUCCCUCGCUAGCGGCGGCGGCGGCGGUGGCGCGGGGCCGCCCUCUUCCGCACUGGUGGCCCCUCACCGGAGCCCGUUUCCCGGCGGGAUCUGGGCCAGCGCCGUCGUGAAGUGGGGCGGCAGAAAGCCGCUCCGACGGGGGAAGCCGAUGCUCACCGACGGAAGUCGCCGUCGGAACGGCGGCGGCAGCGGCAAUGGCGGUGGCGACGAGAGGAGGUGGGACUGCAUGUUCCAGGACUUGAGGCCAACCUGA